UACAUUGUAUAGCAUAGGGAACAAAUAUACAAAACUGAAACAGUUCUUACUGAAACUGAAACAUGGAUUUGAUUUCUAAAUCCACAACUUUCACACGCUGCUACCAUGCUGAGUAAAGCUUUAGUGAGUCAACAAUGCAUAUACACUUAUAAUACAUAGGUAGACCUUAAUAAGCACAUGGAUAAUGUAAUGGGAAAAUGCCAUUAUAAUAUAACUGUUCCUGCAUGUGGUAAAACUGUACUUAUAUCUGGCAUAAAUUGAGCAGAGACACCACCAUCAGGUGCUACCAUAGCAACCAGCUGAUGAUACCAUAGCAACAAACCAGUAUUAUGGAUAGUUUCCUGCCUGAUAUUCUCCAGAAGGAGACAAAAGAUGAACUGCUGUGUUGCACAAUCUGCCAUGGGCCGCUCAUGCAGCCCAAACUUCUCCCCUGCCUGCAUACAUUCUGUCAUGACUGCCUUGAAACCUGUAUUCAUUAUGAGGACACAUCUGAUGUCAUCUCAGAACAACCUGGUCAAUUGAAAUGUCCGAUAUGUAGCAAUGAAGUUGAGCUAAGCGAACAUGGACUGGAUGAAAUACCAGAUAAUAUAUUCCUGAUUGCUUUACAAACUCCUGACUUUGAUCCUAAAUUGAGUAAUGUUGAUGACAUGCCAUGUAUAGUUGUUCCUCAGAAGUGCAAUAAUUGUGAGUCUGACAUUGCUAUGUAUGAAUGUCAUGAAUGUAACCACAAUCUGUGUCGAUUUUGUCGUCGCGCCCAUGACAGUUUGAAGAUAACAAAUUCUCACAAAGUGGUGUCAUUACAUUCUAGAGCAGCUAAACGGACAUCUUUAAGGAAAACAUACGUGGAUGAAACGCGAGCAAAUCAGGACUCUGCCUGCUGGGAACACCCAGAUGAUAUUAUAGACAUGUGCUGUGUGCAGUGCGACCAACCAAUAUGUGCCAAAUGUAGAGAAAUUGAUCAUACCCUACACAGAUGUGUACCACUGAAAGAUACUGCCAAAAGAGACCGUGAUUUCAUCAAAAGUUCACGAGACUGUGUCAACUCAAAAGUGGUAGCUUACCAGGAUGCAAUUAUUAACAUAACAAAAUAUGAAAGUGACAUUCAGGAUAGCAAAGAACAUCUUCUUAAAGAGAUAAACAAUAGAAAUCAAAAGAUGCAUCAGAUGAUUGAUGCAUGUUCACAGACACUCAUAGAGCAACUAGAUUCGUGCUGCUCUCGGGAACAAAGUCAAAUAGAAUCAUACAAGGAGGCCUAUGACAGUCAGCUGGCAUCUUUACGUGCAACGGAGGCUUUUAUUGACAGGCUAGUCAAACAAGGAAAACCUGAUGAAAUAGUCCACAUGAAGAAAUAUAUCCUUGAAAGAAAUCCACAUUUCGAAGUUUGCAAUCCAGAGAAAAUCAACCGUAAAUUGUCACUGAAAUUUUCUCACAUUCAUAUCACACAGAAUGAUCUACAGAAAUUCUCUGGUCGGAUAAUUGAGACAAAGAUUGCAGUACCAAAAGUUGUUGUCCAAACCAAGUCCCCUUUACCAUCCCCUUUAUCUCCAAUGGGGUCUACAUUGAAGUCUGAACAAGUAUCUAACUUUACUUCAAAGACUUUGAAUGACAAGAUGGGGUGCAAGCCAACUAGUAUCACAGUCACUGAUACAGAUGAGAUUAUAGCUAUUGACGAUAUAAAUAAAAAGAUCAAAAUAUUCAACAAGCGGGGACGACUUAUCAAUGAGUUAGCUCCAGAAGGUUCUAAUAAACUCAUAGACCCAUGGGAUGUAUGUGUCUUGAAAAAUGGACAUAUAGCUGUGACAGAUCGAGCGCAUGGAGUUUGUGGCAUCAAAGUGUUCAAUCUGGAUGGGAAGUUUAUUGAGACAUUGUGCCCACAUCUGAAGACCCCCUGGGGCAUCACAACCAAUCGUAAAGGUGAAAUCAUCACCACUGAUAUUGAAGAGAAAUGUGUCAAGGUCCAUGAUGCCGAAGGAGGCCUCCUGUACUCGAUCCCCGAACCAGGGGAAGAUCAGAUAUUUAUGUGUCCAGAGUAUGUCUGCGUCAACAAAAAUGACGACAUCAUUGUCUCAGAUUUUGAGGGUCACUU